UCGCGAGGAUGCACACACGAAUACACACAGCUUUCGCUUUCACUUUCACUUUCGCAGCUGCGCCAAGGAAAAGAAAAGAAGAUGUCUCGAUUCCCAUGUAUGCACUACUCGAUCAUAUCCCGAACCAAAACGCUCUCUUGAUUUCUUCCCGAAACCACCACACACACGUCCAUCAGCAGCUCGCGAGCUCAGCUGGUACGCAGGCACACCAUGCGGCGGCUCAGCGACGCAGGGGAGGCCACGCCGCUGGUCACCCCCGCGGCGGCCGCGGCGGCGGGCGGCACCUUGGCAUCGCCGGCCGCUGCGGGGAGCAACGCCAACUUCGACGCCAACAUGGUGAUCAUCCUGGCCGCGCUGCUCUGCGUUCUCAUUUUCGCGCUUGGGCUCAACUCCGUCAUCCGCUGCGUGCUCCACUGCGGCCGCCGGCUCGCGCCGUCGUCGAGCCUCGCGGCCAGCGCCACCACGGCGAGGACGACGACAUCCGUGCACGUGCAGGCGGGGCUCAAGAGGAAGGCGCUGAGGAAGAUACCCGUGGAGGUGUACGGCGGAGCCAAGUCGUCCGGCGGCGCCCUCCCAGCCACGGCCACGGAGUGCGCCAUCUGCCUCGGCGAGUUCGCCGACGGCGAGAAGGUACGCGUGCUCCCGCGGUGCCACCACGGAUUCCACGUCCGCUGCAUCGACAUGUGGCUCGCCACGCACACCUCCUGCCCCAACUGCCGGGCCUCGCUCGCUGAGGACGGCGCCGCCGCUGCCAACGGCGGAGGGAGAUAGCGCCGGACAGGCCGGUGACGCAGCAUUGGGAAGUGUGGCAACAGCCGCCGGAGCAGGCGGACCGGUGAGGUGGUACAGCUAGGGAGGCGCGUCGGCGGCCAUCUCGAUGAGGUGGGGAAGCGAAGGGGGGCAUCCUAGCGGUGGCGGCCGGCAUGGUGGAGCUGGGCACAAGAGGCGGCCGUCCUAGCGGUGGCAUGGUGACGCGGCGGAGAGGAGCGACGAAGGGGCAACAUGGCGGCGCAGGGCACACAUCCUGAACUUUCAUGUGGGUUUUUACCCGUCAAAUUAUACGGAAAGAACUAUCUUUUCGUGGUUAAGGGAAGGUGGGGGUGGUUUCACGGGUCCUUUAAAAUAUUUCCAGGUUCAUGGGAGCUAUUGGAAUUGCUCUUAGUGUGUUUGUCAACGGUACAUUUGACUAUUGAUAAGGGUGAUGCCAACAGAUGAUCUAGUUUCAGCCAGUGGCGGAGACAAGCCUGGGGCAGUUGGGGCUAUAGCCCCAGGCCUAGUAACAACUUUCCUUGUAAUUCCUUUAUACAAAGUACAGAAAAUCAUGAAAAUUUAUCACUCAACAUAGAACAGCCCCAGGCGUAACAUGCUUCUAGCUCCGCCACUGGUUUCAGCGAAAAUAAUCACCACUCGCGGGUCAAAAAUUAAAUAUUGGUCUGUGGUGGCAUUGUUAUCAUGACUGUCGAACAAGAGCUAAGUGUUAUGUCUAUUAAUACAGUGAUGAAGGUACAAAUAUUCUACCCGGCAAUGGGAGAACAUCCGUGUAAACAAGCCCACAUUUUGCACCCAGGUAUAAAACUCCUCUUCUAUAUAACAUAAUCCCUUCCACUUCUACACCUCUUUCAAUGUAUCUCUCCAUUUCUCUAUCGAUCCAUCUCUGUCUUCUCUUCUUUGUUUCGGCUCACCCUCCCCAGUGCCCCUCCCAAUCUUGUAGUUUGUAAUUCACCUUAGUUAAUCUGUUCAUCGUAAAGGACCUCCAUCUUCGUUGCGCUCUCCAUCAUUGCAGUUUUCUCAUUCUCGCUUAUAUCCUCACGAAGCUCAAGCUCCUAGUCCACAUGGGCAUGUCCAUUGAUGACCAUAUUUCUGUGCUCAUUCAACCAUUGUUUAAACAGGAUAAUCUGAGAUUUUUUGAUAGAAUAACUCUGAUAUCGAUAGUGAGGACUAAUGGAUG